CGGUGUCUAUGUCAAUUUUAGAGUGAUAUAGCUUAAAGAGAACCGAGCGGACAGCGAUGCGAGCCGACGACGAGCGUCACGAGUUAUUCGCGUAAGAUAAUCGCGUUCCUAUGAGCACCCGCAUCGCAGGUACAGCUUCUGCACACGGGUUUUUGUUCGCCGCCGUCGCGGGAAGAAUCGUACAUAGCAGCAGCAGUGCACACACACAACGCUCGCCGACGGAGAGUGUCGGCCCCCGGAGUGUAGCCGUGACGAUCGAGCCGGUCGAACCGACCGCUAGCGGUGCUGUGCCCGACUGGUGUAUCUCGGAACACGAUAAACGGAACACGUGAGAACGCGAGCACGUAGGCGCACAAACUUUUCCCGCGCGUGUUCCCAUCCCGGAGAAGAGAUCUGUGACAGGUCGUGACAGGAUCGGUCUGUGUGAGAACGAACGGUGCGCGGUUACUCGCAGUCAUAAACAAUCGCGGGCGCCGCGAGGUAGUCUGGGAAACGUUCGUCGUGAUCCAUCGCGUCCAUCGCUCGUGCUACGCACCGAACCUGCCGCGUCUCGGUGCAGGCACAUCCCCAUCGGCCCUGUAGCUGAUGAUAACUCGUACUUGAUACUCGUUACUCGUCGCGGAUUCCACCACGAGAAAUCGCCGGUACUCACGCAAACUGCGUGUACGAACUGCUUCCUUUGGUAAAGACAUUGAGAUACCAAGCGUUUUGUUUAUACGAAUGCAAUAACGGUAAUGCUUUGAUGGAUUGUACAUGCCCGUGCGGAGGUUUAAUGUAUCUAGUUUUCUGUUCAUUUAUUAAUCUGAUAAGUGUCUGAAGAUCCUCCCCCCUCUCUCGCAUAGAGAUAACUGCUGAGCAGUCAAAGAUCGAGCAAGUUCAGGAAGGCAUGCGGAAAAGUUGGUGAUACACGAGAGAGUGCACUAAUUUAUUUACAACAUGACGGAUACACGUAGAAGAGUGAAAUUGUAUGCUCUUAAUGCGGAUAGACAGUGGGAUGAUCGCGGUACAGGGCACGUUUCUUCUUCCUAUGUAGAUAGAUUAAAGGGGAUUUCCCUUUUGGUAAGAGCGGAGAGCGAUGGUUCUGUCUUAUUGGAGAGUAGAAUACAACCUGACACAGCAUAUCAGAAACAACAGGAUACUUUAAUAGUAUGGUCCGAAGGAGAUAAUUUCGACUUAGCCUUAAGUUUUCAAGAGAAGGCUGGCUGUGACGAAAUAUGGGAAAAGAUUUGCCAAGUUCAAGGCAAGGACCCAUCCGUGGAAAUUACACAAGACAUCGUAGAAGAGUCGGAAGAUGAGCGAUUCGAUGAUAUGUCAGAUGCGGCGCCGCCUAUUGAGUUGCCACCGUGCGAGCUCGGUCGAUUGGAAGAUAUUAACGAGCUCAUCGAGAAUUGUUUGACAUCCCCAAUGAGAAAAGAAAAAUUAGCAGUGGCAUUGGAGUCUGAGGGCUAUAUUAAAAAAUUGCUAAAUCUUUUUCGCACGUGUGAGGACUUGGAAAAUAUCGAGGGGUUGCAUCAUCUUUACGAUAUAUUCAAAAAUAUUUUCCUACUCAAUAAGAAUGCACUGUUCGAAGUUAUGUUCAGCGACGACACGAUUUUCGACGUUGUCGGAUGCUUGGAGUACGAGCCAACGUUAUCUCAGCCAAAGAGGCAUAGAGAGUACCUACGACAAUUAGCCAGAUUCAAGCAAGCAAUCCCUAUUACAAAUACCGAACUAUUAGCUAAAAUCCAUCAAACAUACAGAGUUCAAUACAUUCAGGACGUAGUGCUACCGACCCCGAGUGUAUUCGAGGAUAACAUGCUGAGUACACUGAGUAGUUUUAUAUUCUUCAAUAAAGUUGAGAUAGUGACUUUGAUACAAGACGAUGAGAAGUUUCUUACUGAACUUUUUCGUCAGCUAACGGACGAAGCUACCCUAGAUAGCAAAAGGCGCGACUUGGUUCUCUUUUUGAAAGAAUUUUGCAAUUUUUCGCAGAACCUUCAGCCGCAGGGAAAGGAGGCGUUUUAUAAAACGUUAACAGCACUUGGUAUACUUCCCGCUCUAGAAAUUACUCUGGCGAUGAGCGACGCGCAGACGAAAACGGCCAGUAUAGACAUACUGACUUACAUCGUGGAGUACUCGCCAAGUGUUGUACGAGAUUAUACAUUACAACAGAUAAAUAACACAGAACAGGACCAAAUGUUAGUGAACGUAAUAGUUGCUCAACUUGUUGGGGACAGCGAUCCCGAGUUGGGCGGAGCGGUGCAGUUGGCCGGCGUGCUACGUUUGCUCCUUGAUCCGGAAAACAUGUUGGCUUCUGUUAACAAAUCAGAAAAGACUGAUUUCUUAAAUUACUUCUACAAGAAUAGUAUUGGCACUCUGAUCGCGCCCCUCUUAGCCAACACGAUCGGCGAAAGGCCCGCGAGGGAGGAUUACAGAACAGUACAAUUAUUGGGAUUGAUCCUAGAGCUGUUAUCAUUCUGCGUGGAGCACCACACGUAUCACAUUAAGAAUUGCAUACUAAACAAAGAUCUACUGAGAAGAAUAUUGGUAUUAAUGAAAUCGACCCAUACAUUUCUAGUACUAUGUGCAUUAAGGUUUAUGAGGAAGAUUAUAGCAUUGAAGGAUGAAUUUUAUAAUAGAUAUAUAAUUAAGGGUAACUUGUUUGCCCCUGUAUUCGAUGCAUUUGUAAGAAACAACGGCAGAUAUAACCUCUUAGACUCGGCUAUAUUGGAGAUGUUUGAAUUUAUUAAAUUGGAGGAUAUCAAAUCGCUAUGUUCACACGUUGUUGAAAAUUUCUCGAGAGAGUUGGAAGCAAUUGAUUAUGUACAAACGUUUAAGGCACUGAAGUUAAGGUACGAACAACACCAAGACAAGUUAAAAGAUCGUGAUAGAACUACAAUUGACAGUGUCCCAUCAAUUUUGCGGAAUAGUCGAUACCGAAGGGAUCAGAGGCAGCUAGAUGAAGAAGAGGAGCUCUGGUUUAACGAAGAGGAAGAGUUUGAUGAGGGUGAGGCGGUGGUACCCGCAAUAGCAGCAGAUCUUAUACCUCCAGUUUCUGCUAAGAAACAAUCGUCAUCUUCAAAUUUUGCACUUAAUCCCGCUCUUGCAGAUUCUAAAACUCAUCAGCAACAACAGCAACAGCAGUCUGUGUUAAACAACAAUACUUCUAAUAAUAACAUUACCUCGCAGCAACCGCAAAUCAAUAACAGUUCGUCGACGACCAAUGACUCAUCAAUUGCUUCGGACAUAAAUCCUACUCCGGCUAUUGGCACUGUGGAAAAAACGGGAACUGCAUUGUUUAAAAAGGGAUUGGUCGACUAUGAAGGAGAUUCGGAUGAGGAGGAUGAAGAUUCGGAGUUAAGUCCUUCUCCAAAGCGACAACGAUUGUCAUAGUAGGCAAACUUGGAAAGAACAAGACAUUUGUGAUUUUUAAUUGCUAUUAUCAUUUCAUGACCCUCCUACAUGUAAAAAAACAGAUCUACCCCAUUUUCUAUCUCAUUUUCAAGAAGCAUAGGUUGAGCUUACAUCUCUAAGGAAUGGACACAAUAAUAAGUGCUUUUAAAAAACGUGUGACGGGCACUCUCAUUCAUAGGUCUGCCUGUGUGUUGACUUGUGUAUAGUAUGCGAAGCUAAAUAAGGUACGAACGACAAUGAAGAAAAACUAUAUUAUAUCGAUUGAGUGUAUCGAUAAGGAAAGGAGAGUGGAACUUUUAAAAAUGAAACGCGCAAGUGGUAGUAUUGUGGCAUAAUAUGAUGUAGCAUGGUGUGUACUAUAUAAUGCGUAAAGAAAUAUUAAGCGAACCAUAGUCCAUUCCACGUACUUGGAAACAUCUUGUGCAUCUAGGGAAAGAUAAUCUCAUGGAUAAUUAUGGAUAUAGACUAAGGAAAUUUGGCCAGGAGUUUUAGCGACUUACAGAACACAGAAGAUCCGACAGUGUACGCUUAGAUGGAGGAUGCAGUGAUGAAAUGCGUCGUCACUUGAAAUUGUGCGGCAACUGUGAUCACACUCUGUCACACAGUUUAUUCGCCAGGUCCUUGGCUACGGGCUUGCAACGCACCGUAAAAUCAGAUUCAGAGAGAACAGGAAAGUACAUGACGUACUGCACAAAAACAACCGAACGCUUUGUUUUUGCCAUUCAUAAAUUCCUUAUCGUCUGCUGUGCGACAGGAAUCCUUCCUUGAGACGAUCAGGCACUAUGAAACUUUAUCCAGUUCGACGGAAAUAGUAUUUAGUUUGUAUAUAUAUAUAUGUAUAUUUGUAACGAUUGUAAAACGCAGCCACAUUUCUUGGAUUAAGCAGAAACACGCAAGUUAAGUUCUCUCAAUUAAGAAUUCGGUCCCCUUUGGAGUACUUUCAACAAGCUUUUCGGUUGUCAAUGUAAGUAGUAGUAAUUGUACAAUAAAUAUUUGAUUUAUGUAUAUUUACCAGUCUGCACUUCAUGCCCAGUGUGUUAAUCCUCGAUGUAUUAAGUACAACUUGAUUGUAUUGCAAUUCUUGAACAUAAACUUGAAACGUAUUGUCCGUAUUAAUUAUUUUUACAUGGGCAAAAUGGAGCCAAGAAGCGCUUUGUAUAAAAACUACACUCAAUAGUAUUAUACAUAAUUUAGCUUUGUUAUAAAUUAUUAAGACGUGUUUAUAAUGCAAUAUAUAAUAUUUGUUUAUAAUUUAUAUAUUAAAUAAAAGAAAAGUAUAUAUAACAUAAAGCCCUAGAAGAGAGAGAUGCAAUAUAAAAUACUGAGUUUUGCUUACUGUCGGAGUCAAUGAGAUAUACUUGGUACACUCGAGUGUAAUAUUUUCAAGUUAAAUGCAUACAAUCACGUUAUCGCUCCUUACGACAUAAUUGAGAGGUUUGUUUGUAGUGUCAUAUCAGAAGAACUGAUUUAUCUGUCUGAUUCAGCUCCACAAAAGAAAGUGUCUAUCCUAGGCCACUUGAGCGACCGAUAAAGCUGUAGAAGCUUUGGCAUGUAUCGCUUAUUCUUAUACCAUACGUCACGUCACGUCACGUUAACGACUUUCACUCUGCAGCAUCGAGUUCUCGAUCGAAUUAAUUUUUCAACAGAGAGUAUUAUAAGCUAAUGUACAGAUUAUCCGAUAAUACGCCUAAUGCCCGAAAGAAUUUCCAAGACUGCUUUAGAACUGUAAGUACAUGUAUGCUUGGAAUAACGCAAGUGCGAUACAUCUACACAUGUACACAUAUACAUAUAUAUUAACUAUACGAUACUGUGAAGGGGAUAAAAAGGUCAUGAAAUGAACAAAUUGUGAAUAUCGAAGUAGGCAAUUCGCUGGAGCUGAGUGAUACAUGUACAUAAAACAUAAUUCUGUAACUUGAACUGAUCACAAAAAGAGAUAUGUAACAAAGGCUAAUAUUAAGUUAAGUAAGAUGGUACUGAUUAAUGCUGAGAAUUGUUCUUUAUGUGUUUUACAUAAUUAUAUCUACAAUUUAUUCGAUAAUAAGAAACAAAUAUUAAGCCUAGAAUGCUAUUAAAUGCAAAGAAUGUAAGUAAAACAGUAAAAGAGCAAAUGUAUUAAUAUCUAAGUGAUAUUAGAGUUAAAGUGCGGUCACAUGCUACUUGAAUUGAGAAAUUCAAUGCAUACAUUUAAACAGAGUGUUCUAGACUAUGCUCUUUCCAUCAUUUCGUUAUUGAAAAUUAUACCUACAUCGUAUAGUUACUACCUGCAAACUUUAGUAUCAUCAAUUUCUCUGUCAUGUAUUUAUUGGGAGGGAUUUGGUAUUUCACCAAAUUUCAAGCAACUGAAUAGAAUAAGCUCACGAAUUUAUCCAAAUUUAAAGAUAGACUAAAGAUAUUUGUAUUCAGUAUGAAGCAUUUAGUUGAUUAAAUUUGCGAACAAAUGUAAAAACAAUUAGAAAUGUAUACUUUUGUUGUCUAUUGGUUGCUCUUAAAAUGUUGACUUUUUAUCGUAUGCUUUUAUCAAAUUAGUAUUUGAAAUAUGAUGUAUUUCACAUUAUAAUGUACAGCAGUCUAAAACAUUCUGUCUCAAAACCGUCGCCGAGAUCGCGAGCAUACAUUUUUCAACCGUCACAUCGAUGUAAUAUUAAAGAAAGAAAAUUGACAUGCACACAUAUUGUACAAUACCAUGUGCUAACAAUAGUAUGCGUUUUAAUUAUAUAAUGACAGAAUAAGGAACUUUCUUUGAGAGUAUAUAUAUAUAUGUAUACACAGAUACACGUCACUCACAUACACAUACACAUAUUAUAUAUAAUACACACACACACACACACACACACGCACACGCGCGCGCACACACACACACACACACACACACACACACAUACCUUGCAUACAUAUAUAUAUGCACAGAAGAAGAGAACUUUUUAUAUGGAAAGCUAUUCGUGAAUUUUGUGAAGUAAGCGCAAGCAUAAGAUAUACAGUUUUGUGUAUUAUGAUAAUAAGUAAAUGAAUUGUAAUUAUAAA